AUGGCUGGCAGAGAGUCAUCCAGGUACCUUUCAAGGGCCCUGCCCCGAGCUGUAGCUCCUUCAAUUCGCCCCCAGGGCUUUUUAUUGCGCCGCAAUGUCUCCGAUGAGGCCCCGGCCAGGCGUCUGUCAGACCAUCUGACCGAUCUGGAAUCGACAUCCUCUUUUUCCACGCCGGUAGCAGCCAGUGCCGCAGGUUCAUUUGAUCCGCUUGCACGAGCAGCCGCUCGCAAGACCAAGCUUCCCCGAGGCCGAUACCAAUUCCGUUCUCCCAAAUAUGAUCGUGGUCCUCUCCACCCUCACCAACCGCCUCCAGAAUCCCACCCCUCCUCCCGGUUGUUCGUCCCAGGUCCUUUCUCCUCCCCCCGUGCCGAGCAGAGCUACGAAUCCACCGUCGCCCCGGACAUCAUGACCCUGUGCUACGUCCACACACCCCCCGGCUUCAAGCCUCCUCCCAAAGCGCCCCGUCUCCGUGAAUGGGACGACAGCUCACCAUACCACAAGAACCGUGUUCUCCGCGGCCCCCGUGGUGGUGAUGUCCUGCGUCUUCUCCGCAAGCCCAUCAAGUUCAACAACAUUCCAGAAAUCGAGCGCAUCACCAUUCACAGCUACGUGAAGAAUGCCGCGGCCGAGAACUCGACUUGGUUGCACGUCGCUGGUAUUGCCGUCCAGGCUAUUUCCAACAUGCGUGUUGAGACUUUCAAGUCCAAGUCCAGUGUUGCUACUUGGGGAAUUCACCCCGGUCGUGACACUGUGGCUGUUAAGGCUGAGCUGUUCGGCGAGAACAUGUACCACUUCCUUGGUAAGCUGGUUGAUGUGGUUCUGCCCCGCAUCAAGGACUGGGAAGGUGUCAAGGGUUCUUCCGGUGACAGCAGUGGUAACAUUACUUUCGGUCUGGAGCCUGAGAGUGUUGCUUUGUUCCCGGAGAUCGAAGUCAACUACGAUAUGUACCCUCCCAAGAUGAUUCCUGGAUGCCACAUCACUCUCCACACCUCCGCCAAGACUGAUAAGGAUGCUCGUCUCCUCCUGAGCGCAAUGGGCCUGCCUUUCUACGGAAAGAUCGUUAACUAA